GGUAAUAGAAUUCCAGCGAAUGUCACCUUUUAACACUUGGGUUCCUUAUGUAUUAUUUGGCCGUAUGCAUACACACACACCAUGUGCCAUGGAGAGAGAAAACAUGAAGAAAGCAGUCCAGCGAGUUCACAAGUCAAGCACAAACAUUUAUUGAAGGGUGACUGUUAGAGGGAAAGAUUUAGGUGAAGAUGUUUAAUUGUUGUACUAGAGCUUUUUAGUUAGCCGACAGUGUGCCUUCUUUAGGUUGAAAAACUUGCUUCCCUCACUGCCCCACUUUUUCUCCCUCUAUAUCUAUUGCUACUCUGUUCCCUUCUGUACUUGUCCAUCUCUCCAAAAUCUCUUGCACCAUCCCUGAACCCCAACAAACCAUCAUGGUGCAAUCAAAGAAGUUCAGAGGUGUCAGGCAGCGCCAUUGGGGUUCAUGGGUAUCUGAAAUUCGCCACCCUCUUCUGAAGAGAAGGGUGUGGCUAGGGACAUUUGAAACAGCAGAAGAAGCGGCUAGGGCGUAUGAUCAAGCUGCGAUUUUGAUGAGUGGGAGAAAUGCGAAAACGAAUUUCCCAAUAACACAAACUCCGGAAGGUGACCCGAAGAGCACAACCAGUGAGGAGAGCCCCUCAACCUCGAAGGAUUUGGAGGAAAUCCUGCAUGCAAAGCUUCGAAAAUGUGGCAAGGUACCCUCGCCUUCGAUGACCUGUUUGAGGCUGGACACAGAGAACUCCCACAUCGGAGUGUGGCAAAAGCGCGCUGGGAGGCGUUCUGAUUCAAAUUGGGUCAUGACGGUUCAGCUGGGAAAGAAGAGUGCCAAUAACGAGAAUGAGACUCUUCGAGCUGAUACUAGUUCUUUCCCUUGUUCUGAUCUUCACCAUGAGUCUCCAUCAGUGACGGGCCAUAAGGAAGUGGUGGCAACAGAGAUUGAUGAAGAAGAGAGAAUUGCCCUUCAGAUGAUAGAGGAACUCCUCAACGACAGGAACUGCCCCAGCCCUAGCCAUAGCCCCAGCCCAAGCCCAAGCCCAAGCCCAUCAUUUAACAACAACAUUCAACCAAGGGAUGAUGAUCGUGACACUGACACCUUUUUUCUUUAAGCCUCUCUUUCCACAGCGUUAUGGUAUUCACAUGCAUGUUUAAUCUUCAUCUUCAUCAAAGCUCAUUAUUUCGGGAAAAAGGAACUUCUAGUUAUAGGCUACAUAUAAUCACAUCAUAUGACUCAUAAAUACCUAUCGUAUCAUAUCUAUUUUCAUGUAUCUCAUAUUUAUUAUAAGUGUAGAUAAUAUAUAUAUAUACAUGCAUGCAUAGCCCAAUUUAGAAGACUAGGAGGUUUGAAGAAAUUAAUUAAACUACACAUAAGAAAAUAAGAGAGAUGUAUACAGAAUAUUUUCAGUUCAUAUAUAAAGUGCACUACCAUAUUA